ACACUGAGAAAAGUAUAAAAGCAGGGCUCUUUUUGGAAGUUCAUAAAAUCUUCCUCUGAGAUUCUGAAGGCAACAAUCUGAAAACCAAAGUUCAUCAUGGCAAUCCUGAGAAGUCUGCUCCUUCUUUUGAUUGUGUUCUCCAUGGGGAAUGCAGAAGUUGAUAUAGCUGAAAAAUGCCCCAAUGGAUGGACAAAUUUUGGAGUCAAGUGCUACAAGUUCUUCCCUCAGGGGGUCAACUGGAUCACAGCAGAGAGACACUGUCAAAGUCUGGAUGCAAAUCUCGCAUCUGUGCACAAUAAACUGGAAAAUGAUUUUCUGAUGAGUCUGUUUCCUUCUUCUACCACACGUUCAUGGCUUGGUGUUCAUGAUGGUGAACAAGAAGGACAGUGGACAUGGAGUGAUGGAUCUGCGUAUGACUAUACUAACUGGUGCGCUGGGGAACCUAACAAUGCUGGUGUCGAGAACUGUGUGGACAUUAAUUGGACCUCUAACCGUUGCUGGAAUGAUCUGCCCUGUUCUUUCCAAAUAGGCUAUACUUGUGCUAAAAGCCUGUGAGAUCAUAUGCAGUUACUUUGAUCGUGCUACACUUACAUUUUCUGUCCUCAUCUUUCCAAUGUUUCAUCUCUUCUAAAUACCUACUCUAAUACUAAUCAAUAAAAGCAUUGAUAAAGCAAA